AUGGUGACGCGCAUGUCCUUUAAAAUCGAUUCCACUCUGCAGAGGCACGCAUCCGGCUUUGAUCUCGAUUGCCAAGGACAUAAAUAUCGAUUUUAUGAUCCGACCCAAGUCAAUGCAAGGCGCUUCAUUGUGACUGCUGAAGGCAAACGACUGCCACCACUGCCAAGCAAGAAAAUGUCACGUAUCAUCCUGAAGAAUCUAACUUUCAAGGCCCAGACGCCGCAAGGCCAUUGGUUCAAUGUGGAGAAAAACGUGGACUUAUAUCUCGAAUUCAAGGAUGCUUACAACGCAAAAGUUUUCUUGACGAAGCAAUCAAAAGGAAAAGGAGCAGAGGCAGAUUUUGAUCGCCGUAUGAAAGAAUCACAGACGCAAUCAGUUGGACAUGUUCGCUGGGAUGUCGGUCUCAAGAAAAAGCAUCUUGCAUUCUUUCAUCUCCCUAAAUUUCAAGAAGGAAACAUGAAAUUGGUGAUUGGUGACGAGCUCCGGUUGAAGCAUUGCCUCACAGUUGACAAAGAAUGGUGGUGCUGUGUUGGACAAGUGUUUAAAGUUCCCGACAAUCAUUCGGAUGAAAUUGGUAUCGAGAUGCGAGCCGGUAUUCAGGAAAAAAUGCCAACUGACCCAAGAAUUAACUUCACGUGUGAGGUUGUCUGGAAUUCGAUUUCUUUUGAUCGAAUGAUGAGUGCCUUGUCAACUCUGGAGCGUGAUGAGAAAUCGGUCUCCCAAUACAUCUACCAUAAAUUGAUGGGUCACGAUAUCGAUAAUAUUCUCUUCAAGGUCAAACCACCUCGGCGCUUGUCUGCUCCAGGUCUUCCCGAGUUGAAUCACAGUCAAAGCCAUGCCGUGAAGGCCGUUUUGGAGAGACCGCUUUCGCUGAUCCAAGGGCCACCUGGAACUGGAAAAACUGUCACAUCCGCAACGAUCAUUUAUCAUCUUGUAACCCAAGCAGCAUCAGAUCAGCCACAACAAGUGCUCGUUUGUGCCCCAUCAAACAUUGCUGUUGAUCAAUUGGCGGAAAGAAUUCAUCGCACUGGAUUGAAGGUGAUUCGCAUGUGUGCAAAAAGUCGUGAAACUCUUGACAGUACCGUGGAAGCGCUCACACUACAUAAUCAACUUGUAUCGUUGAAAGGAGCUGCUGAGUUGCAAAAAUUGCAUCAGCUAAAGCAAGAGAUGGGAGAACUUUCAGCACAGGAUGAAGUUCGAUACAGAAAGUUAAAGGAUAUCAAAGAACGUCAGCUCUUACAGGCAGCGGAUGUGAUUUGCUGUACUUGUUCCACUGCCGCUGAUCCCCGUCUACAAGGAUUGAAACUUAAAUGUGUGUUGGUCGACGAGUCAACGCAAGCAACUGAACCAGAAGUCUUGACGGCUAUUGUUCGUGGAGUUCGCCAAUUGAUCCUCGUCGGAGAUCAUUGUCAACUGGGACCCGUUGUUCUUUGCAAGAAGGCUGCAAUGGCUGGAUUUUCGCAAUCUCUCUUUAAACGUCUCGUACUACUUGGGAAUCGACCCAUUCGUUUACAAGUUCAAUACCGAAUGCACCCGUCUUUAUCAUCAUUCCCAAGUAGUGUUUUUUAUGAAGGAUCGCUUCAAAAUGGAGUCACUGAGGGCAAUGCAAAGGAAUUCGUUGUGACCGCUGAAGGAAAACGACUUCCACCUCUGGCAAGCAACAGAAUGUCACGGAUGAUCCUCAAGAAUCUAACUUUCAAGGCAGAAGAUGAUCCAGAAGCAAGUAGCCAUCUAUUGACAUCAGGCAUCCGAGUCACGAUCAAAGAAGAAGACGAGGAGGUUCCGUCCGAAGCGUUUGUCGAACUAAGUGGCGAUGAAUUGGAUUUUGAUGACAAAGAAGAAUUAUUGGCAAGUAAGGAAAUGGUUGAAGAGUUGGCACGGCUUCAGGAAGAAAACACUAUGCUUCAAACUACUUUGAUCAAUUGUCAAUCAGAAAUUGCUGCGCUUCGUGUAGAAGCUGCUAGCCGCCAAUUCUUUCUUGACGAGCCAAUUGAUCCAGCGGUUUCAACGGCACUUGAUGAAACGCGCUUCAACAAAGGAUCCCUCAUCAAGACAAUGUGG